CAGAGCCUCUCUCAGUCAGCCGCCAAACCGUCAGUUGAGUUCAGUUCUGUUCCGGCGCGAUACGCAGUGAAAUCACUUUCAACCUUGUCCUUUAUAUUGUUCCGUUUGGUUGUUCAUCUAUUUCAUCUUGCAAUGUUUUGAUUCUUCUUUAUUGUGAUAAACUCUACGGAAGUUGUUAGGAAAAAGGAUUUCGCAUUAUUAAAAUGACGUGGCUCUGUCUCCUAGCUGUGCUGUCAGCUACACACAUCGUACAUGGAAUAAUGAACACUACUUCCAUCGUUUCGUUACCAGACAUUACGGUUUAUCCUUGUCUACAACUAAACCACAGGGAACCUACUCUGGAACGAAGUAUGUUGGGAGUUUGGUACGUGAUCGAGAUAAUUCAUCACAGAGAUGACCCAAGGAGCAGAGGUCUCCAAAUAUCAGAUGCCUGCCCAAGACUGAACCUGAUCAACGACUUUAAAGAUAUUGUCAAGCUAAUCUGGUACGAGAAGGCAGGUGACAUCCACUACACUUUUAAAAUGACUGAUCCAGAAAAUGGUGGCUGGUGGAUGGUUUGGAGAAGACAAGAAGGUUCAAUGGUUAACAAGUUGGGAUAUGAGCAGUUUGCAGGAAGUGUACAAGUGAUGGAAGCUCACUCCACCAACAUGGUGUUGACGUUCUGCGCUACCAACCAGGUACACUUUAGCGUGGUGUUGAUACGCAACAUCUCAUACGUGCCUGACACACGAGAUGUGCACCAGAAGCUCACCACGUAUGGCCUACAGGAGUUCGGUGUGCGCCAGACAUGCAGGAACCAGACCGCACCAGACUCUGCCAUCCAGUCGUUACCUAACCUUCUCGUUGUUUUAACCGCAGCACUCUUACUUACCUUCAGGCCAAACUAAGUUAGUUGUUCUCGUGUUUGUUCUGUCUAUGUAACAUUGUAACCUGACCAUUAUAUUGUUCGGACGUCUUCCUAGUCCUCUAUAUGUAUUUUAUGUAAAUAACUAGCUUAAGUAUUUGUAGUGAUAUUAGACUGUAAGACAUUAAAUGGCAUCUUCAGGAUUUUGUGAGUAGAGAUUUGUUUAUGUUUACAAAAAGUAAUAUCUUGUACGUACCCGUAUAUUAAUUAUAAUUUUUAAUGAGAUAUUACAAAAAACCAAUGUAGUAUGUCUGCUUUAUAAAACAUUUAUUACAAUUUUAUAAAACUAUUUUACCUCUUAGUUUGAAGAGGUAAAAAAAAUUUUAAUGAAAUUGAUUUAAUCUAUAAAAAAAAGUUUAAAAAAAUAAUGUUUCUCACUAGCUCAUUAAAUAUUUCUUUUGGCAAGAUGAUCAAAAGAAACAAACAAGUUUUUUGCAUGAAUCUAAUGUAAUGGAUAUACAUUAAAAAUUUAGCAUGAAAUACUAAUAUUCCAUUUUAUUAUUAUUAAGUACAUACGUGCAAUGGAUAUGAUAGGGACAAAGAAGUUAUCAAGAAAUUAAUGUUGAGCCUCAUGUAAUGUAGUAAACACAUAAAUAGAUUGAAAAACAAAUGUUCACACAGGAAAAAGGUAGUUCUUUUAAUAUUUUAAAAUGUUUGAUACACAAAGUUGAAGUAUGUACAUUUUUAGCUUGUAGCAUUUUAUCUAUAAUAAGGUAAACUGAAUAGAAUUAUCACAAUCACUUAUUCAUUUAUGGUAAUUGUGGUAACAAUAAUUUUUUUAUAUCUCAUAUUUUGUAAAUAAAUUGAAUUAACUCUUGAUAAUUUAUAUGUAUAGUUUAUCAUCAAUAAGAUUUCAUGUCAUUAUACAUUUUCCUGAAUAUUUCUGAAAAUAUAGUUUACUUUUAAUUAUACAGUGCUGCCAGAGUCUGAAUAAAUUGUGCAUGGAACUGUUACGUUUAGUUUGAUUACCAAAGAGUAAUCUUAACUUUUUCUUCAAUACAAAAAUAAAACUGGAAAAUGAUAAGGUUGUUUAAAAUUUACAUAGUUACAGGUCAAUCUAUAUUGUAAAAAUUAGCUUACCUAAAAAUUAUCCUAACCCGUAUGUAGAUUAUUCCUUACAGAUGGCUUUGAAUUCAGUUGUAUGACAUGGUGUUUCAAAUACGAAUGAGUUUCACCUCUCUCAACAGUGUUUACAGGAGUCUGAAACUUCUUGUUGUAAUAGAACUAUUUGCCUUUGUGACAGUAUUUUAAAGUGUCUUAUCAUGAAUUAUUAUUUUGAAAGUUUGAAUUAUCAGUUUCAGUGAGAGGUCACUUUGUUGUCACAAGUUUCGUACUCAAGAGAAAGAUCCAGCUAGUCCAAAGAUUUUAUUUUCACCACUGAGGAGAUUUUAAUAGUGGGUGAGAACGCUUUAACUGAUGUAAAGCCUUUAAUAAAGUUAUUUUUACAAAAUGUAUCUGUAUAGUUAUCCAAAAUGGCAAAUAUUAUAAUUAGGUAUAAUUUUGUUUUACUCUUUGACUGUUAUUUAAAAACUUUAAUUAUCAAUAUUGUUAUAAAACCUACAAGAACAUUGAAUGGAAAUGGUGGUUGUAAACUCUAUUACAUAAUUGAUUAAACUUCAGUUUAAUUUCAGAUAUAUCCAAGUUUAAACAUUCCACGUCCAAGUUUCCGAUUAUUAUUUUCUGAUUAAGGUAUUCUUACCUACAUAUCUUUUUCAACUUAUAAGUUGUGUUUUUAUAAAGAAUCAGUUAAUUUUGGAAAGUAAGUAUAUAAUUUUUAGGUACCUACUUUAUAUUAAAGAGCAUUCUUGUAAGAUAGUGAUUACUUAAUUAAUAGCAAUAUUUAAGUUGUUAAUUUAUCAUCACCUGAAAAUGAACUGAAUAUUUUUUAUAAUUAAUUAUUAGACAUGUUUAUUUAAAACUCUAUAAUGAUUCAAGUGGCUAAAAUUAUAUAUCUAUAUAUAUUGACAUUGAUGAUAAAUGAUAAUUAGGUAAAGAUCAAACAAACUGAGGUAAAAUUUCAGCUACAGCUUAUUAUGUCUAUUAAAGAAUUACUUCUUUCUGUGUAUGAAAAUUUUGAUUUACCAUAUUUCACCAUAUUAUUGAUUUCAACUGUAAGUUUGUGUCUUUCAGUGGUACAAAUAGCUGUAUCGGUCCUAUGACACACAACAAACACAACACAGUGCUGGAUAAUAGCCAGUUAGUGUUACUGUAAAUGGCUUGCACCUUGCCGUGUUCGUCUACACAGUGGUGUACGCGAAUGAAUGUAUAUUUUCACACACACACACAAACACGCGCACAUGCGCAUACACUGAAUUUUAAUAGGACGGAUGCCGCCAUCGCUGAUGCUUGGAAUUAAUUCCAAACUGCUAGAAUUUGGCAUAUAGCCACAGCUGAAAAUAUUGAUACUAUUUCUGAAAUUAAUAGGUUUAUACUGUUAAUAAAAUAAUACCUGUUAUACUCUAAAAAUUGGAGUUAUAAGGUCGAGGAUGUAAUGGAUUUACCUACAACUAGAUACCUUAUAUUUUAAAUGAAACGUCAACCAUUGGUAUGUCAGAAACCAAAGAGAAAUAAUUCUAAAUACUUUAAAAAAAAAAUAAACAUUUAGGUUGUUGUUACCUGAUCCAAGUUAUCACAUAAAUGAUUUAUUGUAUUAACUGUAUUCACCUUUCAUAAUUAAUUAUGGAUGCAACAUACGAGUACUUCUCAUAUUAUUGAAAUCAAUAAAUUUUAUCUAAAAAGUAAUGUAGCUGUCCAUGUAUUGUAAAACUGUAACCAGUGAUUUUGCAACUCAUAAAAACCAUUAUUUGGUUACCAAUUUCUCAAAGGCUUUCAAAAUUGUUAACCAAUUACAAAUUAAGGAGAAGAGGAGGGGAGGGUCUUUCUGAAAACCCAUUAGAUUGUUAACCCUAGUCUUCGGUAUUGUGCAUUUUGUAAUAUAAAAUCAAAAUAUACCAUUUUAUUACUUUGGACUUGUUGUUAGCUUUACAUGUCUAGUGUAUAUAAAAGAAAAACAUUGUUAUGCAAUAUUGGAAUACGAGAAGUUAUUACUGUUUUGUGUCAAAUUGUGUAGUAAACAUUUUUAUAACAGCAGUAUUUCAAUUAUGUGAAUAUUUUUAUCUGUCAUUAAUUUGACUUUUACUCCAGAAUUAUGUUUUUUUACCAUGAGGGAGAGUCAGAUAUAAACCAGAUCUUUACAUUUACUUUCCUUAGUUGAUCAUGGUAGAGUGGGAUGUUCAAUAUCAAUGUGGUAAAGUUGAAGACUUGCUUGGUGGUUUAUUUAUCUUAAUAGUUUCACCAGUGAAAACAAGAGUAAGCAAGAGGUUAUAUUGUUCUUUGCACAAUAUGUUAUUAUGAAGUAUUUAACACGUUGACUGUGGCAGAUGCCUUAUGGCACAGAAGAACGAGGGGCAUAGUUGGUCUCACUCAGUAUAGAGCCGGAGUGAAUGUGUUAACAAACGAAGAUGUUAAUUUAUAGAAAUUUAUUUGGGAAUGAUGUACUGUCUCAGGUGUAAGAGUUUGAUUGGGCCAGCAAAUUUUUGGUUAGUCGAGAAAGUGUGGAAUAUCAAGUAAUGAUUUACUUCCAAGGUCAAAUUUCAUAGACAACAUCCACGAUCGUGAUCACGAUCACGUAUGUUUUGAUCACAAGAGUCACAAUUAACUGAUACUGCUGAUGAAAUCAGCCAGAUGUGGAUAUCAGCCAUGUGAGUGCUCACAAAAAACAUCAAAGAGUUUCCAAUAGAAAGAAAAGACAUGGUGUAGCCAUCAGAGAUGUAAUCCUUUUUAAGGACAAUGCCUAAUGCAGCAAUUUUCAAAAGUGAUAAACUCAUGCUCUAAUUGGGAAAGCCGUGGAAUAUCCUCUCUACAGCUCUCAUUUGUCCCCAUAUGAUUAUUUUUCACUUAGGAAGCAGUGGCAGGGAGACAAUUGGUAGAUGUUUGGUCAAAAUGUUGAGAAACACAAUUGUUGACUUAAUCUCAAAAUGUCUUCAAUUAAGAAUUCUUCAAGCUUCCAAAAUGAAAGGGAAAACAUGUACAGGUUACAAGAGAGUAUUUUUAAGAAAUACGCUGAUUUCAAUUUGACUGACCCUCAUAACUAUGACACUUACAUUUAUUUGUAUCAUUAUGUUGGGGUUUAGUUGUUUAGUGUUUAUUCGCAUUAUUACAUGUUAAAUCAUCAGUAGUUUUAAAGCUCUAAAAUACUAUUUGUCUCAUAUAUUAACACAUUUACUCUAUAAUAUGUAAAUAUUUCCCAAAAAUAUAAACCAUGCAGUGGAUAAACAUGCUGUGUUUUUAUAUGCCGUCCUGAUCCACAGACCAGCUGUAUAAGAUAAGCGCCACAUGGUCUCACUAAAAUAGACCAGCAAAUCAUUAGUGCACCAGCAACCUAUUACAUAACAGUGGUCUAUUUUAUUGACUUGAAAUGUUGUUUUCAUUAAAGAAUGCCUGGAGCACAUGUGAAACACUUGGUUUCAGUUUUUUGGUCUGUGGGUUACAUUUUCGCAUUCAUACUAUUCUGUCGAACUGUAAAUGUAUAGAUGUAGGUGCAUAUUAGCCUAUGAUUCAAUUUUUAAAUUGAUAUAAUACUUUAAGAUCUGCAUACAUACAUUACGUACUCAAUAGCAAAAUUACAGGAUCUGAAGUGAAUUAAGAAACUAAGGAUGUGUGAAAGAAGGGAGAUUCUUAGAAGUAAGGAUAGUUUUCUCUUAUAAUGUUAUUCUAGCAAGCUAUUAGUCGUAUAUAGGCCAGAAAGGUAAAGAAGAAGCCACAGAACUAAUAUUUACAAGUUUUAUUAGAUGUAUAAUCCUCAUGGCGUACUUCGGAAAAGAUAUUUGGCCGGGCUUCGCCAUGUCCCGCCACCGUUGACACGGUCCCUUCAAAUAGACCUGUGGUGAGGUCCGGGCUGGGCCCUGGUAAAAUUGCCUGAAAAAUCCUAUCUGAGUACAGGCUUGAUAAUCCUGCAUCUGUAUCUUUAUUCAACUCAUGGUUGGUAAAUUAGACUUUUAAAACCCUACAGUUAAACUGCUAAUUAAUUGGUAAAAUUUUAUGAAUCUUCUUAUAACUUCUGAACUUUCUGAGGGAAAAUCAUCUUCUUGUCAGUUAUUACCGAUACCUAUAAGGAAAUUUUAUUUAUAACAAACAAAUUGUUUUAUUUUAUAUAUUUAUAAUAUAAUUGCUUAGUACAAGAGAAAAUUGAUUUUUUCAAGAAUAACUGUCUUGUAGUUUAAUUAUCCAGGUUAGUACAUUAAAAAUGUGAGUUUACAUUCUUCUUUUCUGCAUAGUGUUUUUUUCUUAGUCAUACAUAAGAUUUUAUAGCAUUCGAAAGAUUAAUAAAAAGAUGUUUCUUCUGUAAUUAAAUGUUUUAUGUUUUCUCAUUAAAGUUCAAUACAACACUCAAUAUUAUAUUGUAAAUGUUAAUUUAUCAUUGUAAGGAAUAUGACAGCCCUAUAAGUGAUCCAUUAUUGCACCAAGAGCCAGACUAAUGUAUCAGAUGUGUAAAUCUAAAACAUUAAAAAUCUUUUAAAAAGACAAA